GGAACGGUUGCUACGGUUACGGAGGACGCGCCCCUGAAAGGCAGCGUGUCACUGACUGGCUCCUCCUCGUCCCAGCCGUAAGCGAGACAUGGCUGUUGUUUCUGGGCAGGCUAGUAAAAGAGGAUCCCUUACAUUGGCUCUACCUUCUGCCACUGAGCCACCACUGUCCCCAACCAAACCAGUACAGAUCACAGUGUUGGAGGCACGUGACCUGAAAGGUGUCAAAGGAGACAGUCCAGUGACCUAUGUGCGUGCAGAGUAUAAUGGUGUUAUCCUGGGUGACUCCCUGAAAAUUGAUGUUUCUUCAGAUGGGACAGUGAAAUAUAACUUCACCACUAGCUUUGAAUACAAUUCUGAUGGGCCAAACAACCUAGAUGACAUCGCACACAAACCCUUAUUCUUGACUGUCAUUGAAGUUUUACCAAAGGAGAAGAAGCAGAAGGAGGAAAAGACUGUAGCUCUUGGUCAGGCUGUUGUGGACCUUCUACCUCUGCUGGAAGGAAAGUGUUCAUUUAGAUCAACAGUUCCACUGCAUCCAGUUCCUGGCUCUCCACUAGAGAGCCUUCGCCCAGAUGCCAAGUGUGGCCUUGAAGUGGCAGUGUCCAUCCAAGAGUCCCUGCUUUCUGUAUCGCAACUUGCAGGUGGCAAUCUCCUCAGGGUUACCUUGGAGGCUGCUUAUUCUGUCCCUGAAGUGUUUGUUCCCACAGGACCCCAGCAAAACUACAUGGUUUGCUUGCAAGUACCAACUGUUGGAGAGAAGGAGUACCCCUUGGCGUUCAAGAACGGGAUCCUGAAGCUUGGUGGUGAAAAAGAACCAAUACCUCGGCCAAAAAAAUGGCCCAUUAGCAACAUCCUGGCACCAGGAGCUCAAAACAUUCCAGACUCUUUUAUUGUUGGUGGCCCCUAUGAGGAGGAGGAUGGAGAGCUCAACAAAACAGAGGACAGGGAAUUUAGGAUUCAGGCAGAGAGCAUAAAGAAGAGAAUUGUUUGGGACUUGGAAAGGCGCUGUUACCUAGACCCUGCAGCAGUACUCAGUUUACAGAAGCGCAUUGCAGAAUGCCGGUACUGGCCAGUGGAGAUUACCAGGGUGCCCGUGGUUACUUCCACCAAAGGGAAAUCUAGCAAGUUAGACAAGGGAGAUGAUGAUGGACAGAUUUUCUUCCAUGGCGUGGCAUAUGUCAACAUGGUGCCUUUGCUGUACCCUGGUGUGAAGCGCAUACGAGGGGCUUUCCGUGUAUUUGCAUAUCAAGACAGUGAGGUGUUUGGGAAGACUAAGUGUCUUUUCAGCAUUUUACGUGAUCUUGGGCAUCAAGCCAAUCUGAACAAAUUAGGGCCAGUGAUCGCAGCCGCCAGCUCCCCUCAUUCAAAAGCUAUGCCCAGUAGGAACCAGAAAGAGGAUAAAAUGACCAAAGAGAAGGAUGUUCUAAGAAAGAUGUCCACUACGAUAAAAUCUCAGGUGUCAGAUACUGCUAUAGAAACUGAAGCAACAGUGUGUCAGAACCUGGAAGGACAGCAAUACGUAGAUGCAGGAACAUUCCUGGUGAUGGAAAUAGAGCUGGCCAAGGCCUUGGUACCAAAACGAUUGCCGGAGGAGCUCGCCAGCCGAGUUAAGGAGAUGAUUCCUCCACGCCCUCAGCUACCACGCCGGAGUGCAGGAGCUAAGAAGGCCGUGGAAGAUUACCACAAUCAGAUCACUAGUAUUGCUGGAGCCAUCCUGGAUGAGUACCAUGAGCUGUUUGGGAAGCAGAUGGUUGAUGGUGGUGUAAUAGAUCAUCACACCCUGGAGGAACAGAAGUGUCAACUGAACUAUGAACUCAACAGCUCAGGAAAAUACUUUGCUUUUAAGGAACAGCUGAAGCAUGCAGUGGUGAAGAUUGUGAGAGAAAAGUACUUGAGGACAACAGCAUUCAACAACCUGGGGCAGCUACAAGCUUUCCUGAGUGAGCUGUAUGUGUACCUGGUGGAUCAGAUGCACGUUGCUCUAAAUCAGAUACUGUCACAGGAGAGUACUGUCAUUGCCUCACCCACCUUCACAAGCUGUGAGCAGCUCCGACUCUUUGCUCAUGAAGCCGAAGUCAAUGAGGAUUAUGCUCUGGCAUCUGUCUACUAUCAGGAGAGGCUGGCUCGUGGCCGCCAGAUUGUCCAGCACUGGCUAGAUUAUGGGGCAUUCUGUCUCUUGAUGGAGGAAAAUAUCAAAGCCCAGGAAUGUUUUCGUGAAGCUCUUUCUCUGAACCCAAGUCACCUGCACAGCUUGCUGCUGUGUGGUAUCAUAGCUGUCAUGAUGGAGCACUAUGAAGAGGCAGAAAUCUUCUUUGAGGAUGCCACCUGCUUGGAGCCAUCCAGCAUCCUAUCCUGGACUCUCUUAGGUUUGUUCUAUGAAAUACAGGAAAAUGAUAUUCGGGUGGAGAUGGCCUUCCAUGAGGCUAACAAACUACUGAAGGCACGACUGGCCAAAGAGAAAAACAUCGCUGAAGCUGCUGAAGGAGGAGGAAAAAAGCUAUACUCUCUCUCUGCCACAGUUCUAAGAACUGUCACGUCUCCCCAGGAAGACACCCUACCAGUUCCAGAUGAGGCUCCAAAUGGCUCCCUGAAAGUACAGCCAGAUUCUGUAGAGCCUGUUGUAACCAUCCAGCUGCCAGAAGAUGAUCCUGCAGUUAAACUGACCAAGAAACUUUCCCCCACUCUCAGUAAGAACAAGGAGACGUCCCAGAAAGUAAUGAAGAAAACUAAUGGAGGAGCACUUGAUCCAUCACAUGCGGUGGCCCCUGUCUCCCCUUCUGGACUUUCACAGCCCUCCCACACAAUCUUCAUGGAAACCAUACGCUUCUUGAUGGAGGUCAAUGCUCUACAGUUUGUUCACAGGGCGCUAGCACAUGAACUACUGUGCCAGCAGGAAGGACCCAGCUGUGAAUAUUACCUAGUGCUGGCACAAACACACUUGCUCAAGAAGGACUUCUCUAAGGCUGAAGAAUGUCUCCGAGAGGCUAUUCAGAUUGACUACCUGAAUCCAAAUGUUUGGGGACAGAAAGGGCACCUGUGCUACCUAAGUGGAAAUCUUAGUGAGGCAAAGGAAUGCUAUGAGCGAACCAUCAGCUUUGUAACGGAUGCUUCUGAGAUACACUUUGUUUACCUGCGAUUGGGGUCGAUCUAUCUGAAAGAGAAAGAGUAUGAUAAGGCAAAGGGCACCUAUAUGCUGGCCUGUAAGAAGUCCUCAUCCUGCCUGACCUGGCUGGGAGUAGGAAUCGCCUGCUACAGGCUGAAAGAAAUUGCGGAGGCAGAAGAUGCCCUCUCUGAGGCCAAUGCCCUGAAUAACAACAAUGCCGAAGUGUGGGCAUAUCUAGCGCUAGUCUGCAUGCAAGGAGGAAGGCAGUUGGAGGCAGAGCAGUCUUACAAAUACGCAAUAAAGUUAGAGCUGAAGAAUGAGGAACUGCUCCAGGAAAUUCAUGAGGUACAGCGAAUGGUUGGUUUUGGUAAUCCAUCGUUCUGAGCACUUCCUCUUCUCUGAUCUACAGUCUCUUCUGUUCAGUCCGGAGAUGGGUGAACAUCAUGGUCUUGGCCCUCAUUCACUAAUGAAACAUUCCAAACUUCCAAACUCCUGCUGAUAUAGUGGAUCAUCAGUUGGUCUGGAGAAAUUAAACCCCUCAAUGGCAUGGGGGGGAAGGGAGAACCCCUAGAUAGGAGGCCAUGGGAAUUAAUUCCCCUUGUAUGAUGUGCUGGUUAUGUUCAGUUCCUUGAUGUAACAUAUAAUACAUUUAUCAGCCCAGUUCCCGUGCUUUAUGAAAAAUAACUCUCCUGUAUAAAAUAAGAAAUAAAAUAGCUCAGAAGCAAUUAA